GCGGCGCUUGCUGGGGCGGGGCACCUCCCUCCCGGCAGCUGCGCCUGCAAAAGCCCCGGGGGGGGGCGGCGGCGGUGGCGCAGCUCGACAGUAGGAAUCGCCGGAAGCCCCGUGGAGUAGCAGCAGCAGCAGCAGCAGCAUGUCAACAAGUGGUCCCGCGGGGGCUUCCUCUGCCCCUGGCAGCAGCCGGCUUCAGCACACUCAGCACCAAGUUGAUGAGGUGGUGGAUAUAAUGAGAGUCAAUGUGGACAAGGUUUUGGAAAGGGAUCAAAAGCUCUCUGAGCUGGAUGACCGUGCGGAUGCCUUGCAAGCGGGAGCUGCCCAGUUUGAGACGAAUGCUGCCAAGCUGAAAAGGAAGUACUGGUGGAAGAACUGCAAGUUUGGAGUGUGUCCUCAUGAGAUCUUUGAGGAAACCUUGAACAUGAAGCUGUUUUCAACAAGAAACGUCAGUCUCCUACAUCUUGUUGCCAAGCUUUCCCCUGAUUGCACAAAUCAAACAUUUAUUUUGGAUAGAAGUGUUAACUCUCUGUAGUCAAUAGACAAUAUGCCUUUAUUUAAAUGAUGCUCUUCAACUUGUAAAUGCUGUUACAGUUGGUUGAGACCGCUAAGGCCUGUAUGAGCUAGGGAGGAAAGUAUUAAGGCUUCAGGAUUUCAUGAUCUAUAUUUGAAACUGUGAACUUCUGGCUGUGUUUUAAUAGAUCAUGGGUGGUAUUUUUUGCCUCAGCUCCUAUGCCUGGACAUGAUGCAGACUAGCUUCCAUUUGUGCCUUCCUGAGAAAUGUUUCUUUUGUAUACAACUUGUGCCAUUUUGGAAUAGCCAUGGCCUUAAUUAGGGAAUAACUACUGAUUCUGAUUUGAGGGGCGGUGAGAAUGAACUGGCCCAUCAUGAGCAAGGGCAGAUUUCUAAACAAUGAAGGUUGUACACACUGAACACAUACCAUUAAGCGCUAAGAGAAAUACUGCAAAAGAUUUGGGACAAGAAAACACUCUGGUUUCUGCACUUCUCACAGUAAACUGCCACUCCUUGGUGCCUUAUUGCUUGGACCUGAACAAAUCCCAUAAACGUUUUUUUUAAUUAAUACUGGAUGAAUUUAAAGCUUCUGGGUUUUUUCCUGGCAGAACUAAAACCUGUAAGAGAGGCUUCCUUAACGUAUGGGGUAAGGGGGCAAAAAGCAAUCCUGAAAAGUAAUUUUGACAUGUUUUACCACAGACUGCAGCUGUCUCCUUCAAAGUGUGUCAAAUACUCUGGCUUACACAGCCCUUCAUGGGCCAUGCUGUGCCUUGCAGUUGCAUCACUUUCAUUCAUCUCUUCCCCCUCCCCCGGUUCCUUGCAUCGACCUCUGGACUUCUGCCCUCCUCGUUUCCUUCUGCACAGACUGCAGAUAUGGAUGAGACCUGGUCUUAACCAUUGACCAGCAUUGCCAAACACGUGCAGUACCAUGUUCUGUUUUUUUGCCGAUUCCCUUUUUUGAUAUUUGUAGUGAAAAUUGCUGGAGUUGUAAGGAGAUAGUGAAGGUGAAUGAAGAAUGGGUUGGUCUGCCUUAAAGAACUCAAAGCAAAACCAAAUGGACAGGCUCUUUGUACUGAGUGCUUUUCUUAAAAACUUGUCUUGUAAUACUUGUAACCUGCCAGGUUUAAACAGAAGGUGGGAGGGUAAGAAUGAGAAUAAAGUUACAAUCAAUAUUCUUACUCUUUUAUAAAAUGUCAUUAAGAUUUGUUUAAACUUCAAGCUUAACCAAACACUGGAAAUGGAUUUUUCCUCGCAUUGAGACUUGCCAGUGCCUUGACUAACAUCCAGCCUUGUUUUCUGUAUAUAUGUGUAUGUGUACGCACUCGUGUAGGCAAGGGUGCAGAGCUUCACCCACCAUCCUGGCACUGCAAGCAGGGCCAGGAAAAGUCUUCACUGCAACCAUUUAAUAAAAAGUAGAUUAUAA